UCCCCAACUCGAGCCAAAAAGCCCCGGUCUCCGGCCAAAAUCUUCCCCAAGCCCCCCAGCACCCAAAAAAAAAAAAAAGAGAGGAAAAAGGCUUCAUCCAUCCAUGUAUCCGUGCUGCUGGUUGCCUGCCUGAAUCCGUAAACCGUACUCCUGAACGGUCUAUGCAUCUCUAUCGCCAGAAAACAACACGAAAACUAAGUCAAAGUAUGUAUUGUACAAUACCUACCCACCCGCCGAAACUUGCCCCAUAGCUUUCCUUUCUACUCCAUCCAUCAGCCCCAUUUGUCAUUUGUGUACCGUAAGAAGCUAUAGCCUGUAGCAAACCGGACCCAGUGACCCACAUCAGAUCCUAUCAUUCUAACCCUCAAAGGAUUCAAGUCAACCCGACUGGACUCCCUUACUCAAUCGACAGACAAUUUAAUUCAGCCAAGCUACUCACAAGAUACGAACACAACAAUGGCUGCCACCCAUUCCAAUCCCCGAACUGUUGAAGAGAUUUUCAAGGACUUCUCCGCUCGUCGUGACGCCGUCAUCCGUGCCCUCACCACUGAUGUUGACCAAUUUUACUCCGACUGCGAUCCCGAGAAAGAGAAUUUAUGUUUGUAUGGAUACCCCAACGACAGCUGGGAGGUAGCAUUACCGGCGGAGGAAGUCCCACCGGAGGUGCCCGAGCCGGCAUUAGGGAUCAAUUUCGCCAGGGAUGGUAUGCAACGCAGAGACUGGUUGUCUUUGGUGGCCAUGCACACUGAUACUUGGUUGCUCUCUGUUGCUUUCUACUUUGGUGCUCGUCUUAAUCGGAACGAAAGGAAGCGUCUCUUUAGCUUGAUGAAUGAUCUCCCGACUGUCUUUGAAGUCAUAACAGAGAGGAAGCCGUUAAAGGACAAGCAUGGUGUUGAUAGUGGGAGUAAAUCUAGGAGCGGCACAAAGAGAUCAAGUGAUGGGCAUGCAAAAGGAAAUCCAAGGCUACAGGAUGGAAGUUAUGUGGAGGAGGAUGAAGAUGAACAUGGUGAAACUCUUUGUGGAAGCUGUGGAGGAAAUUACAAUGCUGAUGAGUUCUGGAUUUGCUGUGACAUCUGCGAGAGGUGGUUCCAUGGGAAAUGUGUAAAGAUUACACCUGCUAAAGCAGAACAUAUAAAGCAGUAUAAGUGCCCUUCUUGCAGCACCAAAAAGGGUAGGCCAUAGCAACUAGAUGAAAAUGCUUUAGGAGGAUGCAACUUGAUGCUUAGGUGAUAGGCAACGAUUACAUGCAGUUGGGAUGUGGACCAGUUACUAGAGCGGCAGUGAAGAAGCACUGGAUGCUGUUGAUAUGACUUAGAAGUUGAUGCAGCAUCUAAAUGCUUUUAAGCUGCUGACUCUUUAAAAGUAUCAGAAGAAACUUGUGGUUAGCGCUUAUGUUUCUUCUUUGUGAAUGAGAUAUUUUCAGUUAGUAAUUAAGGAUCAACGUCCAUAUUUGUUUCUGUUAGUAUUAUGCAUAAGCAGUGUAUUGCAUCUAAAGAGAUAGAAGUAAGUUAACAUAGAUUUCAGAUUACAUAAGUACUUUCUACCAUGCCAAUGUAUUUCUACCUAUCCCAUGAAAAUCUGCGGCAGAUCCGUUCAUAUUUGAUUGGUCUGGUAUUCCUUUUUGUCCAACCUAGACUGGGAAGUUCAAGGCUGAAGGCGGAUGAAGUUAAGGUCUUCUUCAAUGCUUGUCAAAGUAGUUUGGUUGUCUUUUUUGUUGAUCUUUGAACUGAAGAGAAUAUUGCAAAAGGAGCUGUUCUGUUGGUUUAUUUAAUUGAUGUUCUGUUGGUGACCUAA